CUCCGGGCAGCGGGCCGCCCCGGGGGCGGAGGGGAGGAGCCCGUCGCGGCCUUAUUUCCUCGAGCGCCGGCACAGCCCGCCGGGAACCCGCUCGGUCGAACGCCGCACCUGCAGUCCGCGUCCAUGCCGCCCCGCCGGCAACCGCCGCCCGCGUCUGGGCCCUGGGGCCCGCGCCCCGCCGUCCUGCUGCUCGCGCCGCUGCUGCUGCUGCUCGCCCUGCAAGGGGUAGCGGCGGCACCCGCGGGGGCCGAGGGACCGGAGGACUCCCCCGGGCUCCAGGACGCGGAGUUCCCGAGCGGACUCCUGCAGCAGGCGGCGCGCGCGGCGCUGCACUUCUUCAACUUCCGUGCGGGCUCGCCCAGCGCCCUGCGAGUGCUGGCCGCCGUGCUGGAGGGCCGCGCCACGGUUAAUCCAAAGAAGGGAUGUCAGGUGGACCUGGUGUUUACCACAGAUCACUAUAACCCAGAGGUUGGUGAGGAGCAUUUGGGAAAAUGUUCUGCUCGAGUAUUUUUCAGGAACCAGAAACCCAAACCAGCUAUUAAUGUGACUUGUACACGGCUCAUUGAGAAGAACAAAAGACAAGAAGAGGAUUACCUGCUUUAUAAGCACAUGAAGCAACUUAAAACCCCCCUGGAUGUCACCAGCAUACCUGAUAGUCACGGACAUAUUGAUCCCUCUCUGAGACCCAUUUGGGAUUUGGCUUUUCUUGGCAGCUCUUACGUGAUGUGGGAAAAGACAACCCAGUCUUUACACUACUACAUGGCACAGAUCAGCAGUGUUAACCAAUGGAAAACCAAUGACGACACAAUUGAUUUUGAUUAUACCGUUCUGCUCCAUGAAUUCUCGACACAGGAAAUAAUUCCCUGUCGUAUUCACUUGGUCUGGUACCCUGGUAAACCACUUAAAGUGAAGUACCACUGUCAAGAGCUACAGACGCCUGAAGAAGCCUCUGGAACCGAAGAAGGUUCAGCUGUGGCACCAACAGAGCUUAAUAAUUUCUGAAAAGAAAAAAGGAUCUGCUUAUACCAAAUUCUAAAGUGAGGAUAUUUAAAUAGCCUAAAUAAUUACUCUGGUAAAAUAGGUAGGGUAGUCUAAUAAUUGAGAAAGCCUGAAAAUACAAUACUCAAAAAUUAAAAAUUAAUGAAAAGAUGGGGUUUUGUUGUUCGAUUAGUUUGGUUUAUUUAAUUCUGGGAAAUAGGCAUACAGUGAACUGUGUUCAGUGCUUAACAGUUUCCUCUAUGGGUUUCUCAGGGUUUUAGCCCUAAAAUGUAAAAAACACUCAGUAUAUGCUAUAAUUAGAUCAAUCAGUACUUAACAAAACAGAACAAAACCAUUGAUGGUCUCACCUCUGUAUUUCUCAUUACUUUGAACGAAGUGUAGCCAACUAUUUUCUAAUGCUGAAUUCCUUCUACCUAGGAUGUAAAAAGGAUAAUAUAGCUCAAAGAAAGCAAAUUAUGGGGAAAAUGUUAUCAAUUUAGAAGGAAUUUUACUAUUUUUUAUCACUUCAAGCAAAUAUUCUUUUUUGAUAUCUACUUUUAAAUAAAUGUUUACAUUUCUAUAUAAAA